AUGAGUAACAACAAAAAUCAAAACAAUAAUCCGAAGAAAACAGUGCCACCAAUUACAAUCAUAAACAAAACUACUCACAUCUCACCAUCUCAAUCGAAUGGCUCAGUCACCUCAUCAAAUGGUGAGUGGAUCGUCAAGUCUACUAAUAAAAGAAAUCACUCUACCUCCUCGUCUUCAGAUCCUCAAAACUCACCUAAAUCACCUACUCUACCAACUAAAAAAAAAUUAUUCGCGUCUAGAAAUAGAUUCGAAGUUUUCACCCAACAAGACAAUAAUGAUGACACUCAACACACUACCAAUACCGCUAAUAAUUUAGAUCAUACUAACGCAGAAUCGCACAUCAAAUCCCCUCCACCUAUUUUUGUAAAAGGUGUUGAUGAUUUUCCAGGACUUUGCACAAGUCUUAUUGAGAUUCUUGGCGUUGAAAACUUUAUUUGUAAAUCCUCUACGGAUCGUUUAAAAAUUCAAACUAGCACUCCGGAAGCAUACAGAGCGCUUAUACACUUUCUUAAGGAUCGAAAUGCCGAAUAUCAUACAUACCAACUGCAACAAGACAAACCCACACGUGUAGUGAUCAGAAAUCUGCACCCAUCAACUGAUACCAGCCUAAUCAAAUCUGAAUUGGAACUCCGUGAAUUUGAGGUACGUACAGUUACAAAUGUUCUUCAUAAGGUGCACAAACAUCCAUUACCACUCUUUUUCGUUGACCUCGAACCUUCCUCUCAAUCAAAUGACAUUUAUAAACUGACCUCCAUGCUCCACACUAAAAUUAAAGUAGAGGAGCCAUAUAAACCUAAGAUAAUUAGCCAGUGCUUAAAUUGUCAAGAAUACGGGCACACGAAAUCCUACUGUAACUACUUAUCACGCUGCGUACGAUGCGGCGGCCAUCACCAGUCAUCCGACUGCACCAUUUCUCGGGACACCCCACCUAAAUGUGCGCUCUGCCUAGGCAACCAUCCAGCCAGCUAUAGAGGAUGCUCUGUUUAUAAAGAAAUUCAACGGCGCAAGAAACCUUCACCAAACAAUGCUUUUCUCUCUGAUAAUCCUAGAUUUAAGAAAUACAAUGUACAAACUAGCCACCCUGAAAAUGACACUCCCUCAAAUAAUGCUCGGACAUAUGCGCAGGCUACCUCUGGCCAACGCACUGCACAUCCUUCUCCUUCCUCUGAAUCUAACAUUAAUAAUGCAAUGACUCUUUUUCUAGAGGAAUUUAAAUCUUUGAUAAAUCCACUUAUAGCACUACUUACUAAAGUAAUCUCCUCGUUACUGGAUAAAAAAAAUGACUAA